AAAAUCUAUUACUUCCCGUUGGAAAAGAACGACAGAGCGAAGAUGUGGUAAGGAACAUGUUUUUCAUCUCUGGACAACUCAGAUUGCAAAGAAAUAGCAUUUUUAUACAAUGGAAAUUACACUCUAUGCUUUAAUGAGAGAAUCGUGACAGGUUGCUUGUUACUGUAUUUUAGGUAACACGGUGCUUGGUUGAGGUCCUGUCCAAGGCACUCACCAAACCUCACUCUUACCCUCUGGAUCAGGAAUGCAAAGAUAUUCUCAAAGCAGGCAAGUACUCUUUACAUCAUCAGUUGUUGUAUUUCAAAAGCAGCACAUAAAAAAAGCUAGCAUCAUAUUGAGAGAAAGAAAUCUUGACAAAUAUUGUAGGAGAAAAUUGCUCUUUAUUGUAGAGUUGAAUCUAAGGUGCAUUUCAUUAGUGUACAGCGUGGCUUCCCCAGCUGUGAAAGCAAUAUGAUGUCAGUGCUUGUUUAUAAGACUGGGGUUAAUGAACCUUGUUUGUCUGCCAUGAUGCAUGAUGCUACCAAGAAAUCCCUUUUGCGUGUCUUGCUCUGUCAUGUCAGUAGAAAUCCCUUCUAAUUAAAAGUACAAUUUGUAAGUCGCUCUGGAUAAGAGCGUCUGCUAAAUGAUGUAAAUGUAAAUGUAAAUGUAAAAGUGCAGUAACUGCAAUCGACUGUGGUAUUUUGGACGCAGUAAUUGCAGGUAUACUGCACUGUAACUGCAGUUACACUGCAAAAUGAUUGCAGUAAAAAUAAACAGUGUUAUUUUGGACGCAGUAUUUGCAACUAACUGCAGUUAUACUGCAUUCAGACUGCAAUCUUUUUUUCGUAAGGGACAUUAAGGAAAGGAGAAGAGCAGAGGAAGCCGCUUUAGACUAUUGACUGGAGGCAGAGAUGGUGAAAGAGCUGUUCCUGCUGGAGGACGGCACCGUUUGUUGCUGAUGCAGACAGUAUUGUUAAACAGAGUUCUUACUGUAGGUCAUAGGGACUCAGUGGGCUUCUGCUACCACAGAGACCAGAAAUAUGGAGCUGCAACCUGGCAACCAGCUGAGGAGAUAUGAAUAGAGCAACCUAGAUUUGCUUCUGUAUUUAUGGUCAAUUCUACUUAGCUGAAUUUAUAUAUGCCACUAUGGGAGACAGAUACUGAGCUUUCUCCAAACACUGUUGAGUGCCAUUUCGCAAUGGUCACCAAAAUUCACUAAUCAAAGUGAGAGCUUGGGAACAUAAGGUUCUAUCUGUAAAAAGAUGAUUCGGAGAUAAUUGGCUUUAAAGUUCCAAACCCUUAUUGGUUUGAAUAAUGUCAGCAAUUUUUAUAUGGUAUUCUUUUGAACUUAACAACAUGAAUUGGGGGUAUUUGGAGGUAGAGAACAUUGAACAGAACAAGGCUAUGUCAAUAACUCAAUUCUGACAAAAAUGCAGAUAGAACCUUAUAGUCAUAAGCUCUCGAAGGGUCUAUGUUUUGAUUGAUGGGGAACUUGCAGAGCGGGGCUUGAAUCGGACAAUAUGAGACAAUGACAGAAUAGUAGAUACUGUGGAUAUUGAAUGCCCUUUGAAUGUCCCUUCUCCUUCCACCUCCUCUACAGGUGCCCAACAUGCUGCUCCUGUGGAGAAGAAAAGUGAUGAGGAGGUGCUGACCCAUGAAGAGGAGGUCAAAGGUCACGGACCUGAGCCUGAGGUUCCAGGGGCUGACUUGAAGGACAUCGAGGCCCGCCUGAAGUCUGAGGAGGAGAAGAGAGAGACACCGGAGGACGAAGAGCGCAGCCAGGUGUCAUGGGACCUCAAAGACGAGAAGGAGAAGAGGAUUUGGAAACCAACGCACAGGUAUCAUCAUAAGGAGGUUUCUGAGGAAAAGAGAGAAGAGCCAGAUGAAGAACAUAGUCAGGAAUCCUGGAGCCUGGGUGAUGAGAAGGAGAAGAGAUAUAGGCCUACCUAUCGGUACACCCCAAAGAAACACCACAAACGAGAUGAAGAGGGUUUAGAUGAGGAGAGAGAAGAGCCAGAAGAGGAACGCAGCCAAGAGUCCUGGAGCGUGGGCGAUGAGAAGGCGAAGAGAUAUAGGCCUACCUAUCGGUACACCCCAAAGAAAUUACACAAACGAGAUGACAAAAAUGAAGAUUGCAGUCAGGAGUCCUGGGAUCUGAAUGAUGAGAAGGAAAAGAGAGAGGAGGAAGAGAAGGAAAGAGACAAGAGAAUUUGGAAACCCACACACAGAUAUCACCACAAGAAACACCACAAACGAGGUGCUGACUCAUCAGACGAGGAAUCGGAGGAAAAUAGAUCAGAUGAGUCAGAAGAAGAGGAGGAUAGAGAGAAGAGAAUCUGGAAACCAACAAACAGAUACCAUCACAACAAGCAUCACCAACGCAGUGGGGAUUCCUCAGAGGAGGAAGAAGAGGAACGAAGGAGUGAUUCUGACGAACAAGAACAGGAGAAGAGGCAUGGAGAUGCCGAGGAGGAGAGAGCGAGAGAGAGGCAAGGGGCUCUGAGGUAUUUAUCUGUCUAUUCAUCUUAUUUUCUUUCAGAAACUGUUUUUCAGGAGUGUAUCAGGGGUAGUCAACUAGAUUCAGCCACAGGACGAUUUUUGUUUUCUGAGCAAAAAACAAAACAAGCAAAAAAAAUUAAUAAUAAUAAUAAUUCAUUGCUGGACAUAAUAGAUUGUAAAACACCAGCAAAUCAGCUCCAAGUGAUUUUAAUUUAAGAAAUCUGUUCCCAAGUAUUCCCACGCAUGUAUCGUAUACAAAUGUAAGCAAGGUUUGAAAUUAUUAGGUUUUAGUCAAAUAUUAUAUCUGCUUGGGUUUCUUGCGGUUAAUUUAUUUGCAGUCUACAAAUUAUUUGAAAUUAUGUUGCGGCCCCCUGACCAUCUGCUCAAAAAAAAUCGGCCCGUGGCUGAAUCUAGUUUAUGGUCCCUGCUGUAAAUUGACCACAACUAAGCCCAAAAAGAAAUUGUAUUUGAAAAUAACAAUAAUAUCAUACCUUGAUUACAUUGAGACACGAUCGCAUGUCUCUUUUUUUUAUUCGUGGGAAUACUUGGGGGGGGGAAAAUCCUACAUUAAACUCAUUUUUAGCUGAAUUCCUCGUAAUUUUACUGUAUUUUUAAAAUAAAAACUAAAAUCGCGGGCUGCCUGGUAUAAAUCUUCACCCAUAAAAAUGUUACAAAAGGACAUCACAUGCAUCUACAAAAUGUAUUAUGCGAGAAAUGUAGAUGGAAACGCUUUUAUGAGCAAAUAUUGAUAUAAUAACCAUCAUAUCAAAGUAAACUUGGAGUCACGCGAUGACAUGUUGUGUGAUCCUCCCACUACUACUCGUCCGGAAAGCAUGCAGAUGAAAUAAAUUAUGAUGAACUUUACAUGGUGGUGAAAGUGCAAGGUGAUGAGUUUGAUGCUCCUUUCCAGAUUGCCUACAGCAGUGGUUCGCGGUGGUCCCCCACCGACAUUUCUCGCAUAAUUCAUUUUACAGACAAAAAAAAAAAGAUACCGAUGUUAUGUUUCAAUCAGGCCUGUCAUGACAGUUUUUAUCCGACAUGCAUUUCACUAGCAUAAAAAGGUUGUAUGGAAACCUGGUUUAUGUCAGCACGCCCAGGACCCAGUUUAGGAAACCCUGGACUAGAGCGCAUUUGCCAAUUCCAGAGUGGGUACACUUGCUAUAUAAUGCAAACCUUUUUGUGAGAAAACCAUCAGUAGAGUUGAAAAUGCAAUGCAUGGGAAUUUAACCGCAAAAGUUACUUUUAUGUGCAUUUUUAUGUCAUCACGCACAGCCUUGUAUCUGCAACCAGUCAAUUUGAUGGAAACAUAUCUGGUGGGAAAAUGCGCAUAUUGUUUUUAUGUGGAUUUUAGAAUAUUUACAUGAAAACCUGUCUCCAAUAGUUAAUGUCUCAAAUGCCACUAUGUCUAUGUGGCUGUAGUCAUAUUAGACACAGCCAAAUACAUGCUUUUUAGUCAAGAACUAGGCUUAAUCUGUGUCCGGGAAACAACCCUGAGUAUAGGUUCUGCUGGUGUUUCUGUGACAGGUACCUGGCGGAGAAGAGGAGUGAGGGGGAGAGUCGUCUCCCUGGGGGAGGGGGAGAUAUAUGAGAAACGUUCUCCCUGGGCGUACAGAGGAUACUACCACCCCACCUGGUGGAAGAGAAGCAUAGAGCCACUCACACCAUCACAUAAGGUUUCUAUGUACCACCUAUGAUAAAAUAGAUAUCUUGUUAGACUGGCCAAAUAUAUGGUCAAAUAUUUUAAUGCUUUUUUAGUUUGUAUGAUUGUAUUGAUUUUAUUAGCAGUGUUUCUAAACACUUUGGUUUCUUGUAUUUCCUUCAACUGUUUCUAUUUUGAUUGUUUAUUGUACAGAGAUGUUUUUUAAUGCACUAAAGUUUGAUUUGAUGUGAUUUGAUUGGCUAAGAUGGAGGAACUGGCAAAGCUGCUGAAGAGGCACCAGCUGGCCAGCCAAUCAGAGCCAGAAGAGGAGAGGAAGAAGAGCAUACCUCUAACCCCAGAGGAGGUAACAUUGAACAACAUCACACAAUACCUUUACGUAACAUGACACAGAACAUUCACCUUUAUGAAUGGAGAAUUACUAGGCUUUAUCAUAAGCAAAAUCUUGAACUUCUCAGAUAAGAUCUCUUGAAAGAUAACUGAAAUGAAAUAUCAGGUUUUGGAUGUUUUAUGCUCUUAUACACAGACACCAAAAUCCAGUUUUUAUAUUGAAGUGAGAAAACACAUUGCAAGCCAUGAAAAUGAUGAAUGUCCAAUAUUGGAUGUUUCCCUCUCUGUAGUCUGCUGUGGGAAGAGACUGCCCUCUCUGCUGGAUAGCAGAAACCAUAUGCUUAUCUCUAGGAGACCUGGCUCAGGUUGAGGCUUCACAACUCAAAAUGAGCCUCGAUAUUCUAGAACGGAAAAAGCCUGUGUGUGAGUGAGCGUAGGUACAAACACAUGCAGAGAAAGGCCCCCUUUGACUCCAAGCAUGUCCUCCUAGAUAGUGGUUGUGGCUCACUAAGCAAAUUAAUAAGGUUAUUAAUAUAUUCCUCUGCAACUCAUUGUUCUUUGGCACCGACAGGCUUCAAAAGGAUCAGAAGGAGUAGGCUUAACAAGAGAUGUGUGUCCCUGAAAUGAAUGGUGUCCUCUGCACUGUGGAAGUCAUCUGCAAGCAAUAAAACCAUAGGCUAUGACUGUGCUUCUAGCUGUAGAGAAAAGUGCAUCUCUUUUUCCCCUCUCUCUCUUGACCUGCGGUUUUUAUGGCUGCAGUAGCGAUUGCACCAAAACCUCCGUAAUUACAGAACAUCCCCUCUCCCUCACGACCCGCCGUGCCAAACCACCCCUAUUACAGCUGAUAGUGGUGCGGCCCGGGUAUAAAUCUUACCGCCUGAGAUGGAGCGAUGUAAUACAAUGUGGAGGGGAGAGAAUGGAUGACUCCAGGCUACUCUUUUUCAUCCUGACAGUCUUCAGACUACACUGCAGUAGCGUCCUCUACACUGGGACUCCUGCAGUGGGAAUAUCUACACUAUUGACUGUAUUAGGAUCCAGGGAAAGUAGUGGCUAAUUAAGGGGAGAGUCAGAUUCCAGGAGCAGCGGUUACAUGGUGUGAAAUAUGGCCAUUUAAAAUGAGUUUUAUUGAAGGGAUUGCGCUGUUCCAGAAGGGAUCAAUGCACACAAUAAAUGCAGUUUUGUGAGGUUUCACAUUGUUAUCAGUGCUCUUUCUGCCUUGGAUAGUAGCCAAAAUGAAGCUAUGUAAUUAAGCAAUAAUAACACUGUGUGUGUGUGUGUGUUUUCAGGAGAAGGAGCUGCAAAACCUAGCAGCUAUGGACAUGGAGCUACAGCAAAUUGCUGAAAAGAUGCAUGAAAACAGGAGCAAUUAG